ACUUCCUGGUUGGAGAACAUGGCCGGUGCGAGUGAGCAGCAGAAGUUCAGCUUCCAGGAGAUCCUCGACACCUUCAAGCUGUGUCUGACGGACACGAAGGACGUGGACCUGCAGCACUAUGUGGACGGCUGGCGAGGGCUCAUCAAGUUCCUGAACUGCUUAGGCAGCAUCUUUGGCUUCAUUUCCAAGGACGCCUCCAGCAAGAUCCUCAUCCUGGUGGGCCACCUGAAGGGCGAGAACGGGUCCCAGUACGCCACCAUCCAGUCCAUGGUGCAGUUCGAGCUGGAGAAGGAUCUGGUGGACGUGACCAAGAGAGGCAUCCACCAGGAGUCCGGCUGCCGCACCCUGCUGAGGCUCCACCGCGCCCUGAGGUGGCUGGAACUCUUCCUGGAGCGCCUCCGCACCAGCAGCGAGGACAGCAAGACCGGGGUCAUGUGCAGUGAGGCCUACAACGAGUCGCUCUCCCAGUACCACCCCUGGGUGAUCCGCAAGGCCGCGGGCGUGGCGUUCCACGUGCUGCCCGGGCGUCCGGCUUUCUUCGAGGUGAUGAACGUGGGCCCCCCCGAGCAGGUGGUGGCCAUGCUGGGAGAAGCCAUGCCUCUGAUCUCUGAGGUUUACGACAUCACAGAGAAACUUUACGCUCAACACAACCUGCUCGAUAUACCGUAGAGGGCGAGAAGAGAAGGGCGGUGGUUGACCUCUUUAUACGUGACACCGUUAACGACGUGUCCCUGGUGACGGGCUGGCGAGCGAGCUGCUACUCAGAGUUUUGUAUUAUCCGUUUGGUAUUGGGCACGAAUAAUUCCUCAUUAUUACGUUGACACUAGUCUGUACCUACUGCAGAUCUGAAUGUGAAUCUACUGUUCACUAUAAUAUUCCAUAUUUGUCUUUACUUCCAGUGAUGCGUCUCUGAAUCAUCUGUUUAAUUCAGUAAAUUAUAGGCUGAUCGAUAGUGAUUUAGAAAAAAUGGCUCUGACAUGUUGAUGUCAAACCCCUCAAAUAAAACUUGAGGAUUGAUAUUUCACAGUUUAACCAUAAACUUAAUUAUAACUAACUAGAAAUACAAAGAGAAUUACAAAUAUAACCUAAUUAAUUAAAAUGAAAACACAAAUUAAGAUCUUUUCUAUAUUGUUUAUUCUGUGAAAUACAAGCUUUCAUAUUGGAAAACGUAAGCAGAUCCCAAUAUUUCCAUCAACUACAGUGGGAAUCACUGCCAAAAGCUGCUUGUUUUCAUUAUUUAUACAAAAAAAAGAAGAUACGCUGAUGCUGCCUCUUGACUGUAAACACUGGGUUCUUAUUUAUUACUUUUUCCUGCUUUUCUUUUCUUUUUUUUUAAAAGUGAUUUUUGUGAAUUUUUGUGAUUUUUGGUCAGUUUUCUUUAUCGAUUGAUUGCGAAAAAGAAAAUGGUUUCAGGGCUGUUUUGAUCCAACACCAAUCGUGAUUUGUACGUAUCAGCGAGAUUCUGGUAUUAAUUAAUGAAAUAAUAAUAAGAGCUUUUAAUUCGACCGGUGUUUUAAAGCCACUCCAAAGACUAAAUAAAGUCUAAAUGUGCCAAAUCCAAACUAAUUCAAUGGUCAAGAGAACAGACUGUUACACUAAGAAACAAAAGUGUUGAAUAAAGUGAAGCUCUUAAUAUCUACCGAACGCACAGAAUCUGAAAAUGUUGGUUAAUUUUGUGUUGAAUUAAAGGAAAAGUUCAGUUGUUGUUUUAUUUUCUAUGUUCUUUGGGUAUUUUUCUUAUUUGAAAUGUGAAGCACAAACAUCCAGUGUUGUUACAGCUGAUGUACAUGAAGUGAAUGCUGUAUUGAUGAUACAUGCAAUGUACUGUAUAUUGUUUAUAUAUUACUAUGAAUUCAAACGGAACUCGUUAUCUCUGUAGCUCAAUAAAACA